AUGGCCACCAAUCAAUCGAAUGUAUGCUCUGCCAACAUCUACGUCCCUUUGGACUACCGCUCGCAGCAAAUUCGAAUCCUUGAGCUGCUACCAGGGUCCUUCGAUGACGAGAUAGAGUGCAGACUCAAGACGAUCACCCAAGGCGCAUCAUAUGAGGCAUUAUCGUAUGUUUGGGGAGAUCCCACACACACGAGAACGAUCAAGGUGCAAGGGGAAGCGAUGAACGUUACAGCAAAUCUCAAAAACGCUUUGCAGCAUCUCAGAAGAGCGGGAGAAGCCCUAGAUCUCUGGGUCGAUGCUGUUUGCAUCAAUCAAACCGACAACGCUGAACGCAAGCACCAAGUAGGAAUUAUGGACAUCAUUUACCGUGGCGCUGAAAAAGUUGUCGUAUGGCUAGGUGACGAGGAAAGAUACCAUGAGGACAUUUGCAAACUCAUAGAAUAUUUUGGAUCAUCUCCUGAUCAUCAUUGGCGAGUCCCGGAGGCUCAAGAUGCCAAGUCUGACCCAUUCCUCACAAGGGCAACGAUGCUCAAACUAUUCGCGUUUCUGAAGUCGAGAGAUUGGUACAAGCGUAUCUGGACCGUCCAGGAAAUUCUUCUCGCAAAGUCGGUGACACAUGUGUGUGGCAAGCACGUAUUUGCCAACGGAGAGAUCGACAGCAUGGCUCGAAGCUUCAAAAAGCAUUUCUCAUCCGAGAAAUGCUGCAACAUCGAUGCUCUGAUGCCAUCAAAGCUCUUUAGCGGUCGAUCCCUCUCGCAGGACAUGUCGCCCUACCUAAGGCAGAUAGCUCUCGUUCUCAAGACCGCUCAAGACCAACGCGCUUCCCCAGGCCAAGUCCACUUCUUGGAGCUGGCGUCUACAUUCCGAUAUCGAGAUGCAACCAACCCAAAAGACAAGAUUUACGGCGUGCUCGGGCUUACGAAUAGCUUCACCAAGGACAUUAUUGACUACGACGCCACAGUUGCCGAAGUUUACGCAAGAGUCGCUAUCAACCUCAUCGAAAAAGACGGAAACUUAGAUGUACUAUCUCACGUGCUCCCCUCCAUGUCGCAAGAGUACCGUGGCCGUGGCUUCUACCAUCGUCCACCGCCUGGACUUCCUUCCUGGGUCCCUGAUUGGAGUGACAGCAGGCCUGGCGAAUAUUGGCGCUUACGAUUGCUGCAUGAGAGGCAAAAAUUAGCACCUUGCUUCGAAGCCUGUGGGCUGAAUUUGACUGCAUCUACGCGGAUUUGUACAAACGACCUCAAAAGGUUGAUCCUAGAUGGCCGUCUUGGUGGUUCCAUUGCCAAGAUUGGAGAGCCUAACGAGCCUUAUCCCCCCAGUGACGCUGGGAUUUACCAUGCAGAAACCCUUCAACAAUGGCGGGAAAUGGCAAACGUGGAUCGAAAGCCUCAAGAUCCCUAUUGUGCAUUGCUCGGCGCCUGCAAGGCUCGAAUAGACAUACUGGAUGCGUUCUGGAGAACAAUCUGUGCGAAUCUCGAUGUCACCUUACCUGAAAGGGUACAUGUCUAUCAGGCGGACGACAGGACGCGAGCUCUUCAUGAUCGUUGGUGGUGGAAUUUGCUGCAGCGUACUAAAUACAAAAAUGUACCUGUACCCGAUGCACACCUUCCUACGAGUGUGAUCGAGCAGCUCAAUCGCUUCGGAAACCAUAACGUAGAAAUCACAGGAGGCAGAAGAUUUUUCAUAUCAGACACUGGUCUGUUUGGGCUCGCUAGCAGGGACGCGCAAAUCGGAGAUCAGAUAUGGGUCGUCAAAGGUGGACGAGUGCCAUUGAUAUUGCGACCUCUCCCGGGGCCGUACAGAGAAACACAUGAGAGAGACUUCACCUUUGUGGGGGACUCUUACGUCCACGGCAUCAUGGAAGGCGAGUUGUUUGAGAUUGAUUUGCCGAACACAAAGGUGACGUUGGUAUAA